AUUACCGGGGACCAGUACCACAAGCUUGCAGACGAAUACAUAGAGAAUCUUCUCGUCAGAUAUGAGGAGGAGCAGGAUGCAAGGGGCGAGCUUGACGUCGAGUACAGCUCCGGUGUCAUGAACAUCAAGUACCCCGAAGGAACCUAUGUUAUCAACAAGCAGCCCCCGAACAAGCAGAUCUGGCUCUCGUCCCCGAAAUCCGGCCCGAAGCGCUUCGAUUAUGUGGUCACUAGUGAGGGCCAGGACUCGAAGCAGGAUACCGCAACCGGCGGAUGGGUC